AAAAUGCUUUUUUUUCUCAAUUUAAUUAUCAAAGUUUAUAUAUAUACUGUAUUAAUAGUGUAGUUUAUUAUUUACAAUAAUCAGCACAUUUUACUGUAGAUUUAACUGCUAUCAUAAAUGUAGUUGUAUUUACUUGUUUCAUUCGAUAUAUUUCUGUGAAGGAGAAAAGCUAGCAAAGACAGAGAGAGGGCGACUGAGUCUAGCUUGAGUUUUCUGAUCAGUCACUGGCUCCCCACCAUCAAAAUGAACUUUGUCAUCCUAAUACCCCAACAGUCCCCGAGCUCACAGUCGGGCAAACGAUAACGGAGGCUAGUACAGGAAUGGAUCAAUCUCUAGGCAUGUGAACGUGAUGCUUAUGAGGUCUCUCUUCUCCUCUCCUCUCCUCCUGUGCAUUCAUGCAGACACCAGACCCUAAUUAAAACUUCAAAACCUUUCUGUCACUUAUACACAGUAAUGGUCUAAUUGAUACUGUGCUAGAAAAGAUUGUGGAAUAAUGCAUAGUUUUAUGUGCUUAAAAUAUGCAGCUUUUGUAAUUGUAUAAUUUAGCUGUAUAGUAUAUCAAAAUUGUUAUGUAAUAUAUUAAAUAGUAUAUUAAAUAAAAACAAUUUAUUUAAAUAGGAUAAUACUAGAUUUCUGUAUUAAUGUAAACAAAUACAUCGCAGUAUUAUGUCUUUGUGAAUAUUGAUGUAAUGAUACAAUUUCCAAAAAUGUAUUUUCCUGGCUGUAAGCAAAUCCAGCUAUGAACCUAAAGUUCAGGUGAGUUGUGGUGUCAUUUUCAGUAAAACAAAAGUCAACUGUACAAAGAGAGAAAAAAAGAAAUUACUAUCAAGGUACUGGUGCUUUACAGGGCUUGUGGUUUAAGUUUUGCAUCUCGCAAAAAAAAAAAAAAAAGCUUCUCAUAGUGCUGCUAUCUUGAGCUAUCUACCUCACCUUUUGCAACAAAUGUGCCACACGAUUGAGAAUUUUAUGAUCCAUUUUCUCCCCCUCGGUGCAGACACAACAUGGAGUUUUCUUGUUUUGGCACAUAUGGUUAGAAAAGUGGUGGAAAGAUCUUUCUCUGCGCGCAGGGCCUCGCAGAAUGGCUUCAUUUCACGUUUAUGAUCUUCCACAUGAAAUUCUAAUUUCAUGCAAAGUGGGGGAGACAAAUAAUCUGCGGCAGCUGAUACGGCAUAUAAGAGGGGAAAAGAAGAAUAUGAAGAAGCAAUUAGCACAGUGUGGAAGACUUUAGUCUGUUUGUCUGAAAGCUUGAGCUCCAAUGGCCUCGAAUGAAAUUUGCAUGCUCCGCUUAUCGGCGCUCCCUUAUUAUGCUGUCUGAAAGGAAGAUUAAGCCGGUACAAAAAAUGUGGCGACUAAUCCUUUUAAAUGUGGCAGGGGUCUUUAAGGUGUGAACAACCCUGUAGGCAGGUUUCAGGCAGGGUUGUUAGAGAGGCUACCGCAAGCCGCUCUUGACGGCUGAGUGCAGCUAUGACGAGUUCCUUUAGUCUGGCAGGAGCGGAGAACGGCAGCUGGAUUGCAGUUAAGGGACCGAUUGGCCCGAGCUGAUGGAUGGUUUGUCUGUGCACUAGCAGUCUUUAGCUCCUUAUCUCGGACCCAAACACACAGGUCACAUGGGGUGGGGCUGGCGAUAAGAUUAGAGUGUUGCUUUUCUGGUGGUCUUAUGUCAAAUCUCUACGCCGUGUGCAUGUUGCAUUCAUCUCUUGAAGUUUAUCGUGUGGAAUUAGCAAGUUCCCUCUCAUCUACUCAGUCAUGAAAAUAUUCACGUAUUUGCUUUUUUUUUUCUUGAAAGACAAUCCUCACUUUUUUUUAUUCUUCCAAUGAUAACCAAGGGAAAUUAAUGUCUUCCCUGUUGCCUUUUUCCUCUGAGAUUGUUUGCAUUAGAGAGCCACAGAGCUGAUAUCCUGUCCUCUCUGGUAAUUGACUGCAAACAGGGGUGCUUGCGUUCGAAGCCUCCCCUGCCGUGAAUCCUCUGGUUGUGUGUGCUUUUGCCUGUGACAUUCUAUUCACUUGGGUCAGUAGCAGGCAGCAGCAGCAAUAAUUACAGUCUGUACAUGAUAAAUCUGAAGCCCAGCUGUUGCGUUCUGUCACAGCCUACACACUAAACCGGGCGGAGAGAGAGAACAAGAGAGAGCAAAAGGGGGCUCAGGAGUUUGCUGUUUGACUGAAUUUUUUUUUUUUUAAAACUCUGUAACUUGAUAGGAUUACAUGGUUCUUGGACCCACACCUGUUAAGAGGCUGUUAACAGAGCAGUUGGCGGUCUCAUGGUUAGAGCUUAGAGCUUUUUUAGACUCUUCUGUGUGACCACUUUUGGGGAUUUCUGCCUUUUCAAGAGGAGUUUUGGGACUCGUGGCUGUUCUGUCCUGGCCCCAGACUUUUGUUAAGACCAAAAGGGGGAGGCUAAGAUGUCUCUUUAGUCUGGGUUCUAGUUCAUACCCUUGGUCUGUAUGAGAAACCGACUGCCUGCUUUAAAACAUUGGAACCGUCUGGAUGACAGCUGAGAGGAGUUUAUGCACUGAAAAGACCUCAGGAAAAUCCACAAUGGCCGCCAAAAGGAAAGGUGGCCUAAAACUGAAUGCGAUCUGUGCCAAGCUUAGCAAGCAGGUGGUGUAUGACGGUAGUUCCCAGAAUGCAGAGGGAGACUCAGAUUUAGUGGACAACAGCGAGCGGGGCAGCUUGCACUACGAUGAGGGCGACAGGCCUGAAAGCGACUUCCCAGAGGGCCUGACCCUGGGCCAGAGCCUUGAGGAGGACCAGAAACGGCGCGAGGCCAUUGAGAAAUGGGUGAACGGCGAGUACGCCGACGAUCCUCAGUCCUUAGACGGGGGCGAGCACAGGGGACUCAAACCCAACAAUGGAGACGAUUGUCCCCCUGAAGGCGUUUAUAUGGUACAGCCCAAAGGCUGCAGCGAUGAAGAAGACAACGCAGAAGAAGCCGACACCAUGCCAGGCUCCCACGAGGGCAGUUAUCAUGAGGACAGGGACUCGGAGGGCAGCCCACACAAGGACGACAGCUACCAGCCCACCACUGAAGCCCCCCCUCGCCAAGCCCCAUUCUCCUCACCAGGAGAGGCCUCCGCACUACGUGAUUACGCCGCCAACACCAUGAAUGAGUUCUUACACAUGUUUGGCUACGAUGACAAGCAGGGUAGGGAUGAGCUGGCCAGGAAGAUCAGCUUUGAAAAACUGAAAGCAGCUACCUCAGAUCCCUCCUCCCUGAGCAGCGAGGAGGCCACCCGUCGAGCUCGCUUCUCCAAGUAUGAGGAGUACAUCCGCAAGCUGAAGGCUGGGGAGACCCUGCCCUGGCCUAUGCACACCAAGCCCGAAGAGCUCAAUUCCAAAAUGGAGAAGAACACUGCCCUCAUCCAGCCGGCCCUCACAGGGUCAGAGGGUCAGAUAUUUCCACCCGGAAUGGACCACAAACAAAGCUCGCUCAACCCAGCCCCAACCAACCCGUCACACAUCCAGAACCUGGCGUCCCGUGCGUCCAAGUACGAUUACUUCAUCCAGAAGCUGAAGAUGGGUGAGAGUCUCAGACAACAAAACGGCAAUUCCUAUAAGCGGCCCUCCAAGUACGACUUGGAGAAUGUCAAGUUCCUGCACCUCUUUAAACCCGGUGAGGGCAACCCUGACAUGGGCGGCGCCAUCGCUUUUAAGACCGGUAAGGUCGGCAGGCCAUCAAAAUACGAUAUACGAAACAUCCAGAAGCUCAUUCCUGGGAAGGUUGAUCCUCCGAUGAUGCCGAGCGUUCUCCCAGCUACAGCAGGAACCCCAGGAACACCAGUCAUCAAUACAGCUGCUCCUGCGGGGGUCGUGGGACCUCCCGGGACCGUAGACCAGGCGGGCCACCUCGGCUUUAACACUGACCACAUGAAGUCCAGUUUCUCCAAGACUGACUCCAUCACUACUGGAACCGUCUCCUCAGUCAAGAACGGCCUACCUCCUGAGAAACCUGCCACUGAGGACGUCAACGUGUACCAGAAAUAUAUCGCCAGGUUCUCUGGGAGCCAACACUGUGGCCAUGUGCACUGUGCUUACCAGUACAGAGAGCAUUAUCACUGCAUGGACCCCGAAUGUAACUAUCAGAGAUUCACCAGUAAGCAGGAUGUGAUAAGGCAUUAUAACAUGCAUAAGAAGCGGGACAACUCCCUGCAGCAUGGAUUCAUGCGCUUCAGCCCUUUGGAUGACUGCAGUGUGUACUACCACGGCUGCCAUCUCAACGGCAAGAGUACCCACUACCACUGCAUGCAGGUGGGCUGCAACAAGGUGUACACAAGCACUUCUGAUGUCAUGACUCAUGAGAACUUCCAUAAGAAAAAUGCACAGCUGAUCAACGAUGGCUUCCAGAGAUUCCGGGCCACUGAGGAUUGUGGGACGGUUGGGUGCCAGUUCUAUGGGCAGAAGACCACCCACUUCCACUGCAGACGCCCAGGCUGUACCUUCACCUUCAAGAACAAGUGUGACAUCGAGAAGCACAAGAGCUAUCACAUCAAAGACGAUGCUUACGCCAAGGACGGCUUUAAGAAGUUUUACAAAUACGAGGAGUGCAAGUACGAAGGCUGCGUCUACAGCAAGGCCACCAACCAUUUCCACUGCAUACGCCAAGGCUGCGGCUUCACCUUUACCUCCACCAGCCAGAUGACCUCACAUAAGCGCAAGCACGAGCGCCGCCACAUUCGCUCAUCGGGUGUGCUGGGCCUCACUUCCCCCUUCCUGUUGCCCAAAGAGGAGCUGGAAGAGUCCAGCAAUGAUGACCUCAUGGACUACUCAGCCAUUAGCAGCAAGAACUCCAGCUUAAGUGCUUCUCCAACAACCCAGCAGUCCUCUACCAUGCCGCACAUGUUGCCCACUCCCACAACCACCAUGUCCUCCAGCCACAGCGUCAAGCCAACCACUGCUCUGCCUCCAGCCAGCCGUAUUUCCACCCUACUGUCCCAGGCUCUGCCCAGCAAUGUGCCCAUGGCCCUAGCACUUUCCAACAGUGCACUGGCAGGUGCUUCCAACCCCUUCUUCCCCCUCAUUCCCAGAAUGCCCAUGUCGCUCACGCCCUCUACCGCUGGUCUGAUCUCUGCCGCCACCUCUGGAGGACACUCCAUGCCCAGCGAUUCUCUACCCCAGACCUCCACCCCGACUGGGGACCCAGCCGCUGCUACUGUAGCAUCCACACCGACUUCUUUUGCUGCUUCAUCCAUUAUGGAGAAGAUGUCGGCUAGCAAGGGUCUAAUAUCGCCCAUGAUGGCCCGACUAGCAGCCGCUGCGCUGAAGCCCUCCAGCAACCUGGAUGCAGGGAUGGGGCAGCCGGCUCAGGCAGGCCGGUUUAAUCCGGUCGAGGUGAAGCAGGAGCCGGUGGACGGCGCUCCCUCUGCCUCCCAAGAGUCCAUCCAGGAGCACAGCCUGGACCUGAGCAAGAAAGACCACAGUACUGAAUCAAACGGACACCCUGUGCUGGGAAAUACAUCUCUUUUAUCCUCACUUAUGAAUAAGAUGAAUCCUGGUUUCUUUAGUGCUUUGGAUCUGAAGUCAGAGCUGGAGGGAGCUCAGGCGGCAGACGGCUCAGACGCAGCUCAUUAUCUCAGUAGGGUAAUGAAGAGGUCAGACCCAGAGAAACACACUGAGCAGUGGAGGACCUACCUGCGCAGGUAUGACACUGAUGAUUUCUGUGAAGCCCAGUGUGAUUUCUUGCACAAGAUACAUUUUCAUUGCCUGGUGGAAGAUUGUGGGGCGCUUUUCAGCACGGUGGACGGAGCCAUCAAACACGCCAACUUCCACUUCAGAGCCAACCUGAAGGUUAAAUCGGAGCCCCCUUUAAACGAGAGCAAGGAAUCCAAUGAUAGCGCCCCUAAUCAAAUGGCUGUCCCCAUUUCCAUGGCCAAGACGCCUCCCAUGGAGGUGCCCAGCCUGGCUGCGUCAGGGGGCUACAGCUCUUCCCCUUCUCUCCAAGCCUGGAAGCAGCUGGCCGGAUCGAUCCCCCAACUUCCCGCCUCCAUGCCCAGUAUGCCAGCCACUUCCCCUCUGGCCACCACCUCGCUGGAAAACGCCAAGCCUCAGGUCAAGCCUGGCUUCCUGCAGUUUCAGGAGAAUGAUCCUUGUCUGGCCACAGACUGCAAAUACUCGAAUAAGUUCCACUUCCACUGUCUGUUUGGAAAUUGCAAAUAUGUGUGUAAGACAUCCGGGAAGGCUGAAUCACAUUGCCUGGACCACAUAAACCCCAAUAACAACCUGGUGAAUGUGCGAGACCAGUUCUCCUACUAUUCUCUGCAGUGUCUUUGUCCUAACCAGCACUGUGAGUUUCGCAUGAGGGGCCAUUAUCAUUGUCUGAGACCUGGCUGUUUCUUCGUCACCAACAUCACCACCAAACUUCCUUGGCACGUCAAGAAGCACGAGAAAGCUGAAAGACGUGCCGCUAACGGCUUCAAAUACUUCACCAAGAGAGAAGAAUGUGGCAGACUAGGGUGCAAAUACAACCAAGUUAACAGCCACUUCCAUUGUAUCCGUGAGGGCUGUCAGUUCUCCUUCCUGCUCAAGCACCAGAUGACCUCCCAUGCCCGCAAACACAUGAGGCGGAUGCUGGGUAAAAACUUCGACAGAGUUCCUUCCCAGAUGGUCUCUCAUGGCAACCGACCUGAAGAGAUGCAACACAUGGCCAGUCUAGCUUCGUCCGGUGUGGUAGGCAGCCACCCUAGUCUGACCCCCAACUUCUCCAGCAUGAUGGAUGAAAAUGAUGACUACAUGGACUACACCGGUGGAGGAAGCCCACUGGGUCUCUCCUCAGAGUCCUCCAACCAAGACCGCAGUUGCACCAGCACCCCCGUGGGCAACGAUAGUUCGCCAGCAGGACCAGGCUGUCCGGUCCCUGCCACCACUACCUCUGCUGACUCUCCUCCUCCUUCUCAAUCUGCACCUCCUCCUCCACCUCCUCAUCAGCCUGCGCUCCAGAGUCAGCCUCCAUCUCUCUCCUCGGCUCUUCUCCGGCCACCACUCCCCUCGCUCCCAUAUCUCCUCUCCCCAUCCUGUCUGUCAUACUCUCUGCUCAGCGCCUCUCUUGGAGCCACUAGGAGUGUUGUCAUGCCAACCAACACACCAGCUUUCAGCCCCAUCAUUCCUACUUCGUCUUCGGUUAAAAAUGACGUCCCUAUAGUGCAGGACGCUGCAGGUAACACCAUCUCUAUUCCGACGGCAACUGGGGCCAAGAAACGCUUCUGGAUCAUCGAGGACAUGUCACCCUUCGGCAAGCGCCGCAAGACCGCUUCAUCUCGCAAGAUGCUGGAUGAAGGCAUGAUGCUGGAGGGGUUCCGCCGCUACGACCUCUAUGAGGACUGCAAGGAUACGGGCUGUCAAUUCUCCCUGAAGGUAACCCACUAUCACUGCACGCGGGAGAACUGUGGCUACAAGUUCUGUGGCCGCACCCACAUGUACAAGCACGCCCAGCACCACGACCGUGUUGACAACCUGGUCUUGGAUGAUUUCAAGCGCUUCAAGUCUUCGUUGUGCUGCAACUUCCCCGACUGCCAGUUCUCUGGCAACAGCACCCACUUCCACUGCCUGCGCUGCGGCUUCCGCUGCACGGACAGCACCAAGGUGACGGCGCACCGCAAGCACCACGGCAAGCAGGAUGUGAUCAGCGCAGCUGGAUUCUGCCAGUUCAGCUCCAGUGUGGACUGUGAGGUGGCUGACUGCAAGUACAAGCUCAAGUGUUCGCAUUUCCACUGCACUUACCCAGAGUGCAAGCACACGGUGGUGGGCAUGUCACAGAUGGAUUCCCACAAGCGUAAGCAUGAGAAGCAAGAGAGGGGAGAGCUGCCUUCUGUCUCCCCCAACCAGGAUGGAAACCACCACCACCACCAUGCAGGCCUAGCCGUGCCCCCAAUGCCCAUGAAUAUGCCCCCAACCUCACCCGGCACACCGGGGCUGACCCACAAGAACAUGGCCAUGUACCUCCAUUCGGCAGGGGCCACCAGUGAGUACGAGCAUCCGGGCCUUGACAGCUCUCUGAACCUGGGCACGGACACCAACAGCUCCUUGUUCUUCCUGAAAAACGCUGCUGGGUUGGGCCUCAGUGACUCCAUGGAUCUGAGCAAAAAGAUGUACCGGGAGCCACUGUCCCUGGCCACCAGUUCUGGCCCUGCUGCUUCAAUGGGCCUGAGCCACCCUCAGGACGACACUACCGGCACAUCCGGCGACCCCGAAGAUGACCUGUCGGCUGAGGAAGAGCCGAUAGCUGAGGAGGAUGACGACGACGAUGACGAUGAAGAGGAGGAGGAUAUGAAUACAGACUCGUAUGAAGAUUCCAUGCCAGAGCCAGAAGUAGAAAAAGACAAUGGAGAGAGUUUUGAUGCUUCCAUGAACCACGCUGAGACUUCCCAACUGGAUAAAGAGGAGCCGGAGGCUGAGCCCUAAUCUAUGCUGUAGAAGGAGAACUAUGAAUUCCCUGAACAAACGCAAGUUUGAGUGGCCUCAUUUAUCAUGCUUAGAGACACAGCAGAUGACAAGAAAAUAACCAACUACAAGAAAAGUGAAGGCCCAAAAUGAUUUAUUAUGAUGUUUACAAGAUGACCAACAUUAUUAAUUUAAUUAUGCAUUAAAAAAUGAACAGAGAAAUAGACAGACGAGGCCCUCUUUUACACAUGGGUGGCUAUGUAAACCUUUUCCUACACAUCAGUCUUUUGUGUGUGUGCAUGUUUGACUUUAAUUUAUUCGAUUUCAUUUGUUACUUUCUGUGUGUGGAAAAAAAAUAAGGAAAAAACAAUCUCUCUAUAUAUGACUAUCUAUAUAAAGUAGAUGUGUGGAUGUUAAUGUACAUUUUAAUUGCAGUCACUAGAUUGCAGGACCCUCGUACCAACCAGAAACAGACGAAAAGCGUUCAAUGCAGGAAAUCUUUUAUAAAGAAUGUUGCUCAAAUAAUUGAUUCAGAAACAUCUUGUGUCAUUCUUAUUAUUCUUCUUAUUAUUGUUAUUGAAGUGCAGGGGCCUGCAUCAGUGCUUUGACUUGUAUGCUUCUCCGUUGAUCAGAUGAUUUUUUUAUUAUUAUUAUUAUUUUUAUUUACAGUUAACACAGUUCUCACUUAAACCUGCUGUCAUGGUCAGUGGUGUCAUAGGCUCCAUUCCAUGUGGACAUUCGCCUGCAUCUUCAGGACAAACAAAAAGUGACCAGUGACUGCAAAGCUUCAGGCCAUAAAGCAUUGAUCUCAGUGAACGCUAGCUCUCACUUGAUUUCUGUUCCUUCUCCAUUUCUCAAUGAGACCCAUUUGGCAUCGCAUAUUCAUAGUGCACUUUUGUAUAGAUGAGAGCAGAUACUCAAGCCUCUAUUUAAGACGUUUUGUUAUCUUUUACAUUGAUUGCAUUACUAUGGCUUUUUGUUUGUUUGUUUUUGUAUUAUUCUCUAAUUGCACAGGCAUGACCAGAUGAUGUGGGGGUGUCUCACUGUAAAUGGGUCUGUUUCAAUGGAGUCAUUGCCCCCUGUGUUUCAGAGAGUUUGUAAUGUGAUGAUGGUGCUACUGCCCAGUAUAAAUGGGAGGAGAUUGCAGCAGAUUACAUGUCUUUGUUUUGAUCCACAAAUAGAUGUCCUAAAGUGUCCAUCAAACACAGAGCAGGAGACAAGCGUCUCUGAAUGUAGGGAAAAGAUGUUUGUAUGUUAUUUUUCUUUCCUUUUCCCUUCGCAGUUUCUGUAGCAUGGAAGAAAAAAAAACAAUAGUUGCAACAAAGUCUGAAGAUGGAGACUGGCUUUUUCAAGCUUCUUUUUUCAGAAGCAUCAUAUAUCUAUUUCUAAAAGAAGAGGAAACGUGGAGAGAGACUUUUUCUAGAGGACUGAAUGGAGGACAGACAUCACAAAGGCACCACGAUGAAUGCUAAUGCUGGUGAUGGAAAGUGUGUGAUUUUAUGAAUUGUACAGACAGAAAACAAUGUUUCAAGCUUUUGUUUUCUCUUUACAACAGCUGUGGUUUCGCUCCAAUAAUAAGAAGUUAUUUAAUAUUUAUGUGACCUUGCAAUGAGAAAAUUCUAGGGUGUUUUUGCACUUUUUAGGUUCAUUUUUACCUUUUAAAAUGAUGGCAUAUAUCUUUUAACAGGGAAUUUGCUUUACAAUGUUGUUUAGUUCACUUUGCUUUGAUGCACAAAUAGUCUUCAGUGUGACGAAGAACUGUUGUUCUGUGUUUUAUUUAAGAAAAAAAAAAAACGCAAAAAAAAAAAAAGUUUUUUCUUCGCUUCCAAGAUUGGCUGAUUUCAAUAUGAAACAGGCAUGCUAGAACCUGGCUUGUCUAACGAGUAACACUAAUGAUGACUGUAAUUUAAAUGAAUUCUAUACAGAGGAAAUUAUUGCAGUGCUUCGCUCCAAAUUAAAAAAAAAAAAAAAAAAGAGAAGAAUGAUUUUUGUUUGCUUGGCCUCCAUUGAAUAUAAACAAGGAAACGCGAGGCGAGGAAAUGAUGAAUUAUUUCCUAAACACGGCUUUGAUCAUAAUAUAGGCAACUAAAUGUGUAGAUGGUUAUCUUCGACAAUAUUGUUUCAGGAGGAAAAAAAAAAGGUUGUAUAGUAUUUUCUUCUGUAAAAACUAUAUAUGAACAAAAAUGCUCUUUGAUUAAAAGCUUCCUUUAAAAAGAAAAUAAAAAGGAGAAAUAAAGAAUAAAAAGUAAAAAAACUGAACUAACACCAGUAUAGUUUGCUUGUAUGUGUGUGUGUGUGUGUGCGACAGUAUGCAAGCGUGUGUGUGAGGUUUUAUUGUUAUUACCAUGGUUUCCCCAUAGUGGUAGAGGAAUUAGUGGUAAUUAAAUCUAUACGAGUCACAUUAUUGUUGCACUGAACAUUGGAGUGUAUUUCUACCUUUUACGCAACAAAGUCAUCAUUUUCAAAGCUGUAUAUCAUGUGCGAUCACAAUAACGAUGAUAUCUGCAUAAUUUAAUACCAUCCACAACUCUUUGUUUGCUAUUGUUUUGGUGUUUGUUUUAUUUAAUUGAACUUAUGUAUUUUGCAUAUGGCAUGCCCCUCUCACAGGCCGUUUGUUCUCUGGUCUCAAGUGCAAAGGCGCAGGACUCACACUGAAGCAGCUGUUUGCCUGGGAGAUACUGUGCACUUGAAUACAUUUUAUGUGUGUAAAAUAGCAGGAUUUGUAAAGAGUCGAAAUAAAGAAAUUCUAAUUAUUAUAACAAUG